AUGGAAAGAGGAAUAUUAUGCAAAGAGAAAGAUGGUACGAGACUUAUUGUAGUUCCAAAGAAAAUGCAGAACGAAGUAAUAAGGAAGAAGCAUGAUUAUGGACAUUUUGGAGUUAGAAAAACAGAAGAGCUUGUGAGUCGAGAGUAUUAUGUUGAGAAUCUGAAGGAGAAGAUUAGAAAAGUUAUAGAUAAUUGUGUAGAAUGUAUUCUGAUUGAACAGAAAAAAGGAAAGAAAGAAGGAUUCUUACAUCCAUUAGACAAAGAUGAAACGUUGGACAAACUGAGAGUGCAACAACAAACCUUUGGUUCCCCUCAAAGGAUUAUUUCCGAUCGUAACGCCGCAUUUACUUCAAAAGACUUUCAAGACUAUUGUGAACAAGAAGGCAUAACUCUUUAUACAAUUACUGCAGGACAACCCCGCGGAAACGGGCAAGGAGAAAGAAUCCACCAAAUCAUAAUAAGUGUUAUAAGUAAAUUAAGCGCCGAUGAUUCGACGAAGUGGUAUAAACAAGUUUCCAAAGUGCAACGCUGUCUGAAUAGUACAUGGCAAAGAAGUAUUGGAGUGACUCCAUUCGAGUUACUUUUUGGAACCAAAAUGAAAGAUGAGGAUGAAGAAAUUAUGAAAUUAAUAGAAGAAGAAGAAGGAAUGAACUAA